AUGUACCAAAUUUUGGCGGCGCAGAUGAAGAGGCACGCGGCAAAGAUCAGCGGGACUAGGAGGGGGCCGCAGAGGAUCAGCAACAAGUGCCUCCUCGGGCAUCAGUGGAGGCAACGUGCGAACAUCCGGGCGGCGGUGGCGGUGGCGGAGUACCUGUUGCUGGCGUCUGCGGCGUCAUUUUGGGACCUCUACACGGUGAGGAGCAGAAUAGAUAGGUGGACGGGGAUCUCUCUGCUGGAGGAGGACUCUCAGAAGGCGUCGGAGAAGAAAUCAAAGACCCGCAGUGAUGCGGAGUCCGAGAAGAUCGACUCCUGA